AUGGGUCCUACUCCGAUCAACGAAGAGUCUGCAGAAGGACUUAAGCUUGGACUUGAAGGCUUAUUUAAGUCGGCUAGCGGACUACAGACGCUGUGGAGGAUGCCUCAACCAGACGCCGUGGCAAGGGCGGAGAGAGUUCGGUCACAAUACAGAAGGUCAGUCGUUUGGCUUCUGGUCCUCCGCCGAGCUGUUCAGAACUUUCGUCAAGCUGUCUGGCAACCAGAGCCGGGUCAGAUCUUCCUCGCCAUGUACUCCGUCUCCUCCUCCUCCAACUGGGAUACUGCCAUGAACCGCAGCGUCUGGCCAAUUUAG